GACCCAUCUGUUUUCUCAUGGCAUCUCGUCAACAAACCCGAAUCCAGGCUUACCUGGAGAAAAACAAGAUCGGUCCACUGUUUGAGGAAUUAAUGACCAAGUUAAUAACUGAGACACCUGACCAGCCAAUUCCAUUUCUCAUUGACCAUCUUCAAUCUAAACAAGGAAACCAAGGACAACUGCAAAGAGCUUUGUCAGGGUCAGCAGCUCUCUGGGCAGAAAGUGAAUCAUCAGAACCCAAAGGAACAAGAAGGGAUUUUAGAAGCUAUGAUAAACCUUGGCAGAUGAAUGCAAAGAAGCCUAAAAAAUCAAAAAGUGAUCUGGCUGUAUCUAAUAUUUCUCCUCCAUCACCAGACUCCAAAUCAUUGCCAAGGUCAGUAGACCAUCUUAAGUGGAACUGGCGGACUAAACCACAAAGCCGUGAUUUUGAUGAAUUGAACCACAUCCUUCAAGAGAGCAAGAAGCUGGGGAAAGCCCUUGAGAAUCUCUCUCGAAGUAUCGCGAUCUCAGAUGAACUUGAUAAGGAAACAUUGGCUUUCAAUUCCUCUCUUCUGAGACCUCGUGUGAUUGGGGAGUGGAUCGGCAGAGCAGAAAAUGAUGCUGAUCCCCUUGCAGCUGAAAUGCUGCAGCCGCCGGUUCCACGGAGUAAGAAUGACUCAUGGGAAAGUGAAGACAGCAGCUCGAGUCCAGCAGGAAGCUUAAAGAUGGAGCCCAAGACGAAAGGAUUAAAACAGCAGCAGCAGCAGCACAAGAAACUCCUGGCUGCAAUGCUUUCCCAGGACUCCUUCGAGUCCAUCCAUAGCCCCACACCAUCUGUAAUAGAAGAAGACAUUGAUAAUGAAGACGAUGCAAUGGAGUUGCUGGAAAAUCUGGAUGACUUAAGGAUGGAGGGUGUAACCUCUCUGGUACUUUCGGGGAGCAAAUUUAACCAAGGUCGUCCUACUCACCCUGCCGAGCCACAGGCCAAAGUCACACUGAACAUCUGUUCAAGGUGUGCCAGGCUUCAAGGAGACAACUUGAUGGAAAGAACAGAAGACACACUACAAAUACUUCAUACUCCAGAUGAGAUAAUCCCCGACUCAUUAGAUUCUUUACCUGGGACAGAAGAAACUCUUAUGGACGAAGGUGAAGAUUUUGAGAAAACAUCAAACUUAACAGAACCAGGAGAAGCCUCUAGUGGAGCACACUCUUUGAAAUCCUACAUGGAAGAAGAUGAGUCUUUGAAGCAAUUGCAGGUUGUGCAUCAGCCAUGGCUUUUACCAAGUGACACAGAAAGUGAAGGAAUUGAAACAGAGCAAGACAAACGCUCUGCUGAUCUUCUCUGUGUGCCAUGCUCGUCCUGUCCUACCCUGAUCUAUUCAGGUCUGUCUGUGAAACCGGCAAAGGAAGUUGCAAGUGGUCCUUAAGAAUAUUAUAGCUGACUGAAUCUUUACUUAUUGUCCUAAUUUGAUGUACUAAAUGUAAUAUCUAAAGAGAUGUCAUUUUCCUAAUGUCAAUAAUAAACAAGAUUAGGGUGUGCACUAAUGUAUAGUACAAGAACACUAAGUCUGUUGUCUAUGGAAUCUGAUACUCUUUGACCUGGUCAGUGUCUUGGGUUUAUGUUACUUUAUAUGUAGUUAUUAAAAUUAAUAUUGAUAUAUUAAAUAUUGGCUAACUCAAUGCUUAAAAAUUUCUGGAUUUUAAUUUAGCUAGGGUUUUCUACCUCUAUUUUUAUAAUAAUAUCUCAUAUUUUGGAUUAAUACGCAUUAUACUUGCCCACAUGUGCCAAGAUACAGCAUUAGUCCUGUGCAGCAGUUGACUGCUUAGUGUUAACCUAUUUGCAUCAGGAAAAAAUGUAUCCCCCACAACUGCCCCGAUAUGAUUAUAUUACCUAUUCCUAUUUAAAUAUGAUGGGUAUGUUACUUCAGUAAAGCAAACUAGUGAAUAAUGAAAUGCAUGCCCUCAGGACACUUGCAAAGAAAAUCACUUGAUAAUGUAUGCAAUUAUUGAGCUACACCUUACUUUGGGAAUGUGCUUUGUACUGAUUCUAAAUGAAUUGAUCUCAGUCAAUCUAUUGACUAUAUCUGCUAUAUUUUAUCUUAUUUGUCUUAAUGCAAGGUUUUUUUGGUGGGCUUUAAUGAAUUAAGGCUAAAUUAUACAACUGUGUAUAACUGUAAAAGAAACAAUUGUUAAAGACUCGGCCAUAGCUAAGGAAUA